CGCCUGGAGCUGCUCUGCAUUCCCUACCAAUAUGGGAUUGGUGGACAAGGCCCCGGGGUCAGUGGGCGCCUCCUCUUCGUGCAGAGACUGCAAUGCUGCUUCUUGCAACACCGAGUGUGCUUCCCUGGGCAGGAUUCUAAAGACUGCUAUUGCUCAGGAGGUUGCCAUUGCGUGCAUUAAGUUCUAGGCUGUAUCAGCUCGACUCGGCGCGUUAGAGCUAUGUUUAUUC